AACUUCGGUCUCACCUCUAUGUCCAUUUGUUUCGUGUGCACCUUGGCUUACGGACCUUUUGUGGAACUGAUUGAAAUCUGUUGGUAAACUUUUGUGUUUGGAAAACCGUUAAGCACCGUUUUCUCAGGUCCGGAUCUGGUCUUUUGUUGAAUUUUCCGGUGGGGAACGCGUAGCUUAACUUUCCAAACGCCUUGGAGCGUUACAGUGCUUAACGGUCCCUGAAUUUGCAACUUCUCUUCGCCUUGGACAACUUCUCUCUCGGAUCGCACAAUGCCUAAGAAUAAGAAGCCCUCCGUCGAUGCCAAUGAAGACAUGAAGGAAUCCCGGCAAGUUCAAAAUUUGUCCCCGUUGGUGACACUGUUUCUUGCUCUGGUUCGCACAGUAGUCGUAAGAGUAAUGCGCGUGUAGCUUUACGGCUAGCAGAACUUAAGAGACAGCAAGCUGAGACAGAGUUAGAGAUGGCUAGGUUACGACUAGAAAUGGAAGAGAAUGUUGAUUGCCCUGAUCACCUAACUGUUUCCAAUUACGUACCUGAUGUCGGAGUGGAUCGCAUGAAUCAGUUUUUGAAUGAUUGUCAAGAGACCGUGCCACCGAUAAUUACGCCCAUGUCAUAUCACCAACCGUUACCGGUAGCUUGUCGUACGUCAUUAGAUUUGCCUAAGGUUGAGUUGGAAUUUUUUGAUGGUAAUCCGACAGCUUACUGGAGGUUCAUUAAGCAGUUCGAAUACUUUGUCGAGACCCGGGUGAGUGACGGUGGGCAGCGGUUGCUCUAUUUAGUUUAUUAUUGCAAAGGUCGUGCAAAAGAGGCUAUAAGCGAGUGUGUAAUGCUGCCUCCUGAACAGGCGUAUCACAAGGCUAGAUCCAUACUCCGUGAACUGUUUGGCCAGUGUCACGUUGUUGCCCGAUCACUAAUCGAAGGUCUGCUUACUGGGUUGAGACCGCUUGAUGGGGAUCAUGACGCUUUGUCGCGUCUCUCCAUAAAACUAGACAAUUGUUAUGUGGCCUUGUCUCAGAUGAACUUUACUGCCGAUUUAGACUCCGUGGCUACUAUUGAGCGAAUAGUCCGUGUUCUCCCAAAUGCACUGCAAACCAGAUGGGCAAGAACAGCCGAUUCAAUUGUUCAAGACGGGCGGGACGUUGUUUUUAAGGACUUGGCCGAUUUCGUUGCCACGGAAGCUCGUAUUGCCCGUAGUAGGUUCGGGCAGAUAGCAACACCAGUCGCACCACGACAGCUGAAUGAGGCUCGGCAGCGACGAGUAUUUCAAGAUAAGGGAAGCGGUCGUAACUUCGCCCUAUAUACUACAUUAGAUACCCCAAAGGAAUCAGUGUGUCUGGCUUGCGGUGACCAUCACAGUACAUCAUCAUGCGCUAUGUUUGCAGGCCUGGAUGUAUCUAGGCGCUGGGAUCUGGUUCGAGACAAGGGCGGCUGUUAUAAUUGUUUAGAGAUUGGUCAUCGUGCCGCCAGCUGCCGAGUCAGCAAGGGUUGCAGCUUGGCCGCAUGCAAGAAGCGACAUCACUCACUGUUACAUAACGAGUCAAUACCGAAGACGCCCGAGGAAAAUUUGAGCCACUGUCACAAUACUGGCAGCACUCCCGGUAAGGUCUCGCUCGGAGUGGUACCCGUGCGUUUGGUAGGCCCCUUGCGAUCUAUCGAGACCUAUGCUUUGAUCGAUAGCGGUUCCGAUAUAAGCUUGGUACAGGAAGAUAUCCUGCGGGAAGCUGGAGUAGAGAUCGAACCUGCUUCUUUGAAAAUGCAAACGGUAAAUGCAUGUACCUCAUUAAACGUGGGGCUGGCUAGGUUCCAAUUGUUUUCUCUGAACGGUUCCGAUAGUGUGCUUGUAGAUCAUGCAUAUUGCUUGAGUCACCUGCCAUUACAACCCGUGACAGCUCCUGUCAGUCAAUUAGCUGAGAAGUGGCCACAUUUGAUGGACGUCAAAUUCGAUGAUUUGAGUGACCCCAGGGUCAGGAUACUACUGGGGGCCGACGUUCCAGAAGCUCACUGGCAGUUUGAACGACGAGACGCGGGACGAAAACGCCCAUUCGCUGUAAAAACCCUACUCGGUUGGACCCUACUUGGUCCCGUUGGUCGGAGUACCCGGCAGUGUGCCUCCGUGAAUUUUGUGCAUUUUGAUGAUAUUCCGCUUGAAGGGCAACUCAAAGUCUUGUUUGAUAGCGGAUUUGAACGUGUUGGUUCGAGUAGUCGGUCAUUAUCCGGGGAGGAUAAAACAGCCCUGUGUAUUGUCGAAAGUUCCGUACGCCUCGUUGAUGGUCAUUACGAAAUAGCCCUGCCGUGGAGAAAUCACAAUGCCAAUGUUCCUAACAAUUACGAAGCAGCUCGGCGUAGGUUAGACCAUUUGAGUAAACGGUUGUCAAGUGAUCCGUCAUUACGAGAACGGUAUAUCUCGGUUUUAAGGAAGAAUGCGGAGAAAGGCUACGCAGUUCCUGUACCGUGCGAUCAGCUGCGACCAGACUACAAACCAAGGUGGUAUUUACCGCAUCACGCAGUGAUCAAUCCGAAGAAACCUGACAAACUCAGAGUGGUGUUUGAUUGUGCAGCAAAGUACAAGGGUCUUUCUCUGAAUGACCAACUCUUUCAAGGUCCAGAUACUACGGCUAACCUAAUUGGUAUUCUUAUGCGUUUCAGGAUUGAACGGGUGGCAGUUUCUGCUGACAUUGAAGACAUGUUUAUGCAGGUGAAGGUGCCUCUACGCGACAGGGGGGCGUUACGGUUUCUUUGGUGGAAGGAUGACUCGAUUGGUUCAGAAGUGGUUGAAUAUCAAAUGACGGCGCAUCCAUUCGGUGCCACCUCGUCACCGUUUUGUGCCAAUUUCGCCUUGUGUCGAACAGCUGAUGAUUGGAGACCUCAUUACAGUGAAAUCGUGGCGGAAGCUGUUCACAAUAACUUCUACGUUGACGACCUCUUGAUAUCGCUACCGAACGUGAAGGAAGCAAUGCAAUUUGUGGCACGGCUCAGAGAGAUGUUAAGUAGGGGUGGAUUUAAGCUGUGCAAAUGGGUCUGCAGUCAUGAAGAGGUGUAUCGUGCGGUUCCGCAAGCUGAGAUAGCUGAGUCGAUCAAACCGAUAGCUGAAGUCCCUGGGGUGGUUAGGAGAACUUUGGGAAUUGCCUGGGACUCCCGUGAGGACAAUUUUCUUUAUCAGUUCACCAUACCCGAGAGGCCAAUUACGAGAAGGGGCAUAUUGUCUGCUGUGUCUUCUGUCUAUGACCCUUUGGGUCUGAUCGCACCCUUAAUUAUGCCCGCAAAGUUAUUGUUACAAAGACUAUGUCGAGAGAAACUACAUUGGGAUGACCCAGUCACUGGUGAUGGCCGUGACAUUUGGACUUCCUGGCUACGUGAGGUGAAGGCGAUAGACAUCCUAAAGAUUCCUCGGUGCAUUCGUAAGCCUGGAGAGACAAAUGAGCGGCCGCAACUACACAUCUUUUGCGAUGCUUCUGAAGCUGGGUUUGGCGCAGUUGCUUAUGCUAGGUUUCAUGCUGAAGACACAUCAUAUUGCUCUCUGUUAUACGCGAAGUCGAGAGUAGCCCCUCUGAAAUCAGUGUCGAUACCGCGACUGGAGCUAUCGGCAGCCAUGUUGGGGACAAGGUUAUAUGAAGAUUUAACUGAAGGAGCUCACAUGAGUUUCGAUAAAGUUGUGUUUUGGACUGACUCUACGACGGUUUUGUACUACAUAAAUGACUCAUCUAAAAGAUUCAGCACCUUUAUUGCCAACCGACUGUCGGUCAUACAGGAAUUAACUGAGCCCAGUCAGUGGAAGCAUAUCAAAUCAGAAUGCAAUCCGGCAGACCUGCUGUCUAGAGGCACUACAUCCGUAACAUCCUUGAAGCGCUGGUUUCUUGGCCCAGAAUUCCUACUGAGUGUCGAGGAUGAGUGGCCUGAGUUUUGUCCGAGUUCUGAGCCAGCCAACUUAGAAUUGAAACGUUCCACCGCACAGGUUUGUGCGACAUCAAGUGCAACACCAUUAUCGCUCCUUAUCAGCAGAUAUUCCGACUGGACUAAGUUGCUAAAAGCGGUGGUGUGGUUAUCACGAUUCAAGCAGCAGCUUUACGUCCGCAGACAGGGAGCUGCUGGGGCCGCGCAACCCAAUAGACUAAUUACCCUGUCUGAACUCAACCGAGCAGAGUGUGAUGUCAUCCGGCUUGCGCAACUCGAAGCUUAUGGAACAGAGUUGGAACGGCUUGAAAAGGCGAAUGCAGACCCAACAGCGUCUAAGAUGGAGAUACGGCGAGGUCCUUUGGCCCGUCUCAACCCCGUACUGCGCGGUGGCCUCCUUUGUGUUGGUGGCCGGCUGGCGUAUUCGGAGUACGACGCUGCAUUCAAGUUCCCGGUUAUCCUGCCACCUAAACACGCUGUUACUGAACUUUUGAUCCGAUUUUAUCAUUCGAUGGAAGGUCACUCGGGAGUUUCUCAGGUCCUGGCGAGCUUGCGCCGUAAAUAUUGGAUCGUUCGCGGGAUGUCGGCAGUGAAACGGUUGAUAGGGGCUUGUUGGGUAUGCAAGAAACGGCUUGCUACCACCGGUGAGCAGCUGAUGGCGCCAUUGCCGUUAGCUCGGGUGGAACGUGGGUGGCACCCAUUCAAAUCGGUCGGCGUGGAUUACUUUGGCCCAUUUCUUGUUAAACACGGGCGAAAGCAGGAAAAGCGGUACGGGUGUCUAUUUACCUGUCUACAAGCGAGAGCCGUACAUCUUGAGAUUUCCCAUACCUUAACUACCGACUCGUUCAUUAUGGCCUUGAUGCGAUUUGUCUCCCGUAGAGGGACUCCGGUCGAAAUAUUCAGCGACAACGGCAGCAACUUCGUAGGCGUCGUAUCAGAGUUGCGUACUGCUGUCAAGGGGUGGUCCCAAGCAAGAAUCAAUGAUAGACUCCUUAGCAUGGGAGUCCAAUGGCACUACAACCCUCCAAUGUCCAGCCAUAGGGGGGGUAUAUGGGAGCGCAUGAUCAGGUCUGUUAGGAGGGUGCUGUUAUCGAUUGCGACACAACAGACGCUUAAUGAGGAAGCGCUCAGUACUCUGUUUGUUGAAGCGGAGCGCAUCAUCAACAGCAGGCCGUUAGUACCUUUGACAUCAGACCCAAACGACCGUAUGGCCCUUACCCCCAACGAUUUACUGAUACUGCGACCUAAUGCAUCGCAUUUCCUUGCGGCUUCUCUAACCGAAGAAUAUAGACGCUGUUGGCGGCAAGUCAAUUACCUGACAGCGUUGUUUUGGAAAAGAUGGGUCGCAGAGUACUUGCCCUUGUUACACUCCAGACAAAAGUGGCUGCGAAGGAUUCGAAACUUCAGACCUGGGGAUGUAGUUUUGGUCUCUUCCGAAACCGGUACACGUGGCACGUGGCCCAUGGGGAUUGUUGACCACUGUAUAGGUUCUGAAGACGGGCUUGUCAGGACUGCAGUUGUUAGGACCAAGAAUGGGCUGAUCACAAGGGAUAUACGAAAGUUGUGUUUGCUAGAAGGGAGCGACACGAGUGGGGAUGUAGUUCCGGCUAUUGGCUCUCCGCAGGCGGGAGACGGGUUUCGGCCUGUCGCACCAGGGAGGACCGCUGUGAGUCCAAUAGCCGAAGUGGGGGCCUCUGGCGUACCGGUGUAAGUCCUUUGGCCCCCUAGCGUGGAUGGAGCCGGCGUAGGGCGUUCCAGAGCAGAAACAUCCGACAUCUUCAAUGGAAAAUCCGGAUCGGAUUUUGGUGGGCAGUGUAGAAAGAACUUUGACCACCCCAGUCUCUCCCAUGUUGAAUGCCCAGUUCUACAUUGCUCGGCCGUCUGGAUCGAUUAUGUUUGCUAACUCCCUUACUUUCCAUUCCUUUGUUCUCUGCCCCGAUGCUCUUAGCGAGUGACUCCGGUGACUCAUCUUAACUUCACCCCGCCCCCAUGGACCUGUCAUUGUUCUCUUGACAUAAGCGAUUUUGUGUUCCCACAACUCAUGUAUCCAGUGUGGCAGGUCUGUCUGUCCUCAGCCCGUUCCCGUUGGCGGACGCUUACGAUUGGCUCAAUUGCCUUAUCAUAACUUCGGUCUCACCUCUAUGUCCAUUUGUUUCGUGUGCACCUUGGCUUACGGACCUUUUGUGGAACUGAUUGAAAUCUGUUGGUAAACUUUUGUGUUUGGAAAACCGUUAAGGUAAUUUCUACUUUGGUACGAUGAAUUUGUACAAAUAGCACCGUUUUCUCAGGUCCGG